GAUGCCAAGGGGUCCAUGAUGCUGCGGGUCUGGAGGUGGCUCCAUUCCAGAGGCGGGGCCCCCGCGGGGGGCUGGCAGCCCCUGAGUUUUGAUGGAGGGGCCUUCCACCUCAAGGGCACGGGGGAGCUGGCCCGGGCUCUGCUGGUGCUCCGGCUCUGUGCCUGGCCCCCGCUGGUCACCCACGGCCUGGCGCUCCAGGCCUGGUCCCAGCGGCUCUUGGGCUCCCGGCUCUCGGGGGCGCUUCUCCGGGCCUCCAUCUAUGGGCAGUUCGUGGCGGGGGAGACGGCCGACGAGGUGAGGGCCUGCGUGCAACAGCUGCAGGGCCUUGGCCUCCGGCCCCUCCUGGCGGUGCCCACUGAGGAGGAGCCGGACUCAGACGUCAAGACAGGGGAGGCCUGGUACGAGGGGAACCUCAAGGCCAUGCUGCAGUGUGUGCACCUUUCCCGAGGCCUCCCGGAGACCCCGGGCUCCGCAGGGGACGUCCUCAUGCAGCUGAAGGUGACUGCGCUGGCCAGCACGAGACUCUGUAAGGAACUAACCGCGUGGGCUAGAAGGCCAGAGGCUUCCUCGGAGCUGAGCCCCGAGAGGCUGGCAGGAGCCAUGGACUCCGGGCAGGAUCUCCAGCUUUCCUGCCUCAAUGCUGAGCAAAACCGCCACCUCGGGGCCUCUCUGAGCCGCUUGCACCAGGUGGUACAGCACGCCCGCGCCAAGCAAGUGCGCCUCCUGGUGGAUGCCGAGUACACCUCGCUGAACCCCGCGCUCUCGCUGCUGGUCGCGGCCCUGGCAGUGCGCUGGAACAGCCCCGCCGAGGGUGGGCCCUGGGUGUGGAACACCUACCAGGCCUACCUCAAGGACACACCCGAGAGGCUGAGGCGGGACGCGGAGGCCGCUGACAGGGCCGGCCUGGCCUUCGGGGUGAAGCUGGUCCGAGGGGCCUAUCUGGACAAGGAGAGAGCCAUGGCCCGGCUCCAAGGGACGGAAGACCCCACUCAGCCUGACUACGAGGCUACCGGCCAGAGUUAUAGCCGCUGUCUGGAGCUGAUGCUGGCCCAGGUGUCCCGCCGAGGCCCCCUCUGCCGCCUCAUGGUGGCGUCCCACAACGAGGAGUCUGUUCACCAGGCGACGCAGCGCAUGUGGGAGCUGGGCAUCCCCCUGGACGGGCCUGUGUGCUUCGGACAACUCCUGGGGAUGUCUGACCACGUCUCCCUGGCACUGGGGCAGGCCGGCUAUGCUGUGUACAAGUCCAUCCCCUACGGCUCCCUGGAGGAGGUGAUCCCCUACCUGAUCCGGAGGGCCCAGGAGAACCGGAGCGUGCUGCGGGGAGCCCGCAGGGAGCAGGAGCUGCUCGGCCAAGAACUGCGGCGGAGGCUGCUGGGGGCGGCCUGA